UAGCUCCGGUCCAUUGAUUCGGGUAAGCUCACGGCUCCGGGUCCCCGGUUAAUCGAGGCGUCAAGGACGAGGGCGCCAUAAAUAGCGAAACAGAGCUCAACGACGCCACCGACCGGAGGCUGUGCGUGGAAGCGGGGGAAGGCGGUGGCCGUCGCGGCCGCUGCCAAUCGAAGGAGGCGAAGGAGGAAUUGAACAGGGAGAAACGAAUCGGAUACGCGAUCCCAAGGUAUUGCUUACUCUGCAGCAUCAGCUUCUUCUGGUAAUAUUUGACAAAUGGGUAAGGAAUUUGCAAAAGCGAUGGCUGCUUUUAGAGAACGAGAAUCUUGUUGGCCACCCAAGAGCAAUUUGGAUCAAGUAGCUUAUUCUAGCAAACCUUCUGCCAUUCAAGAAUUUAAAAAAGACAGUAAUGGCAUAAAAGAGAAUGAAAAAUCCCAUCAGGUGCAAGAGGUGGUGGCUAAAGAAGAUUCAUUGAUGACUACUGGUAAAAUAUCAGAAUCUCUUUGUUCACCCAAGAUUAACUUCGAUGAAGUGAAUUCUAGCCAACCCUCUGCAACUCUAGAGUUAAACCAAGCUAUUAAGGGCAGAAAAAACCAUGAAAAAUCCAAUCAAAAACAAGAAUUGUCGGGUAAGCAAGUUGCAGAAGUGGCUACUGAUAGAAAAGCAGAAUCUCUUUGUGCACCCAAGAGUAACUCCAGUCAAGAUUCUUGCCAACUUCCUGAAACUCCAGAGUCCAACAAUGCUAUUCGUGAUAUUAAAGAUAGUGAAAAUUCUGAUCAGGGACAAGAAGUGUCUGAGUGUAGAAAUAUAAAUUUUGAUCAAGAUGGGUCAGCAAAUAAGAAUACCACUCAGAAAUCAAAUCAGAAGCCAGCUGCAUCAAAGUCAGAUAAUGCUGCAUCAAAGUCAGAUAAUGCUGGAAGCAUAUACGAAUCUGAGGUAGCAGAUAAUUCACACUUGGCAAACUUGAGUAAUUCACCUCUUACACAAGGGAAAGCUCUGCAAUCUGACAAGAAAAUGCAUUGUCGUGACCCUGACGAUUCUUGCUCUGUUGUGUCUUUAACUGCAGCAUCUGUCAGACCUUCAAAAAGAAGGGCAACCAUUGGAACUGCUCCUACCUUUAAAUGUGGCGAGCGUGCCGAAAAGCGAAGAGAAUACUACACAAAGUUAGAGCAGAAACGGCAGGGUAUGGAAGCAGAGAGACUUCAAAUUGUGGCUCAAACGAAGGAAGAGCAAGAGGCCGCUCUUAAGGAAUUCAGGAAGACCUUGUUUAUCAAAGCAAAUCCCAUCCCUAGCUUCUACGAAACAGGUCCUCCACCCAAGGCUGAACUAAAGAAGGUACCUCCUACUCGUGCCAAGUCACCCAAGUUCACUCCGAGACGGAGUUUCACCUAUGCCGAUCCACUUCAAGGCGAAAAGUACGGCGGGACAUGUGACCGACUUCAUCGUCACAACCUACGCCCUAUCAUGGAAUCUUUGAAAAGCUUGCCUUAUGGUCCGAAGGCUGUUCAUGGCAAAGGUCUCAAACCCAAUGAGGGUUCCAAACUCUCCACUGUUUGAAAUGUAAUCUUUCAUCAUUUAACGAAACUUCAUUUACACAGAUAAUAGCAUGAAUAUAAUAUUUUUAAAUUUUUUUGAAAUGAUAUUGGAGACUGAAAAUUCAUAAAAGAUGAGAUUGAGACUUGUCCUGUGAGGAUUUCUGAAAGUGUUUGGUACUGCAAAGUAUUCAAGUUAUGUAUGUACACUGACAUGGAUUUAAUUUAUGAGAAAUUAUUUGAUGCCUUAUAUCUA